AUGGAUCCAUCCCAGAAAUUAAUUGCGACUAUUGAGGCUCAGAAACUAUUUGUCUCUGAGAUUGGGUUAAUCACUCACAAUAAAGCUCCAUUGAAUGUUUUAGGGAUGAAAAAAUUGAGCUUCGAGACGAAGAAAGAUAUGGCAUUGGGAUUGCAGUGGGAACUGAAAAAUUUGUCCUUCAAUGUUUCUAUUUGCAUUGAAAAUUAUAACUAA